GUACGAAUUAUAAACAAAUACGUAUAAAUUGCAUAAAAGCAAUGUCGCUUUUAGAACAAUAUGAACAGCAAUACGCAGCACUAAUUGCUGAAAUAACCGCACAUAUAGGAAGACUCCAGCAAUUACAAGCUGGCAGCAGCGACCGACAUGAACUGUCCAACAAAAUCGAUGCAAGCCUGCCAGAGGCACAGGAGCUGCUUGAACAAAUGGGACUGGAGGUGCGAGAACUUAAUCCUGCACAGCGGAACAGUUUUAACAGCAAACUUCAGGUGGCUCAAGCAGAACUUAAACGCCUACAGACAGAAUAUAAACAAACGAAGGCCAAAUUCCGGGCACAACCAAAUACCUUCACCACACUAGACUUGGAUAGCGCCGGUGACUACUACGAGGAUGUAUCUAUUAGCAAUGACCAAAGGCAGCGGUUGCUGGAGAACUCGGAACGCAUUGAACGUACCGGGAAUCGGUUGACAGAAGGCUAUAGAGUGGCGGUGGAUACUGAGCAGCUUGGCACGCAAGUGUUAAACGAUUUGCACCACCAACGAGAAACACUGCAAGGAGCCAGAGCCCGCCUGAGGGAGACGAAUGCAGAUUUGGGUCGUGCUUCACGCACUCUAAACACAAUGAUGCUCAGAGCUCUUCGCGAAAAGGUCGUGCUGUAUGGUGUGGGCGUAUGUUUUGUGGUCGCUGUCGGUGUCAGUAUCUAUUUGACAUUUGCGCCAGGUUCUUCGAGUACAACCGCAUAGUUACAGGCAGCGGACGUGGCGUAGCACAGUCAUUUGAUUAAUAGCCUAAUUCUAGAAUAAUCUUAAAAGGCAUUAUUGGCACAUUCCUUUGCAAUGUAAAUUGUUUAUUUAUUAUUUAAAGUAAGCUGUGAAUA